AUGCCCUUUGGAAUGGGAAAGAAAGAAAAGGAGGCCGAGGAGAAGGCUUCCCGCUCGUCAUUGUUCUCUCGCUCCAAAGGAAAGGACAAGGCAGCAGCUCCCGCAGCAAACCCCUACGCCGCUCAAUCUACUCCCGAUCCUUAUGGCGCCAAACCUGCAGCUUCACCUGCCCCUCCUGCCUACGAUAACCGCACUGCACCAUCUGGAAUGAGUGACAAAUCUCCCGUACCGCCCGGUGGUUAUGGUGGCAGCACACCCCGCUACGGUGGUUCUGGAAACUACGCACAACAGAGUGGUUACGGCAGUAACCCCUACGGCAGUAGCGAACAACCACAAGCGUCUCGCUACGGUGCCGGUGGAUACGGUGGUCUUGGACGACGAGCCAGUCAAGACACUGUCAGCACCGAUGUAGGAAGAGCAGCCCUCUUCGGCGAUGCCCCUCAAAGACAACUACAGCAACAACUCCAAGCCAACGAUGCCGCACAAGAACCCUCCUCAGACAACAGCUACGCAAACAGUAACAACAACAUGCCCGGCGGCUACGGCGGCAGCUCCUCCGAACUCUACGGCCAACCCGACCGCUACCUUACCGCCGAAGAACAAGAAGAAGAAGACGUCAAAGCAUCCAAAGACGAGAUCAAAUUCCUCAAACAACAAGACGUAUCCUCCACCCGCAACGCCCGCCGUAUCGCCGAACAAGCAGAAGCCACUGGUCGCGAAACCCUCGCAAGACUGGGUGUCCAAGGCGAGCGCAUCCAUAACACCGAACGCAAUUUGGAUAUGGCAUCACACCAAAAUCGUCUCGCCGAAGAAAAAGCCCGCGAGCUGAAGACACUCAACAGAAGCAUGUUUGCCAUGCACGUCUCCAACCCUUUCACUGCGAAGAAGCGCGAGGAAGCUGCCAACGCAAUCGCGCUCGAGAAACACAGAGUAGAGAGAGAACGUGCAGACGACACACGCUCAAAUGCCUGGUCAACAACUGCACGUCAUGCAGGUCAAGAGAGAACCAUGCGCAAUGCCACUGGCAAAACACACGAUAAACAAACCCUGGCCAACAGAGCUAAAUACCAAUUCGAGGCCGAUAGCGAGGAUGAAGCCAUGGAAGGCGAGAUUGAGGAAAACUUGGAUGCUUUGCAUAGGAGUGCAAAGACGCUGCAUACCAUCGGUAACGCUAUGGGCGAUGAACUCGAUGAGCAGAAUAAGCAUAUCAACCGCAUCAUCGGCAAGACUGAGAAUGUCGACGAUGAGAUUGCCAUGAACAGAAUCAAGCUCGGCAGAAUUAGGUAG